ACGAAACAAGUACCAACUCGGAGACCUGACAGGUUGACAGGCUCGGCUCUUGCGUCAUAUUUGCGCGCCAUCUGCCUCGUUUCUGUGGAGGACGUUGAACAUGGGACACCUUGGAGCUGUAUUUCUUCUGGUCGUGGGUCUCUCCUUCUAUAUUUGGGGCGCUGCAAGUCACUUUGUGCCCGCCUGUCACCAGCAGCGAGAAUUCACGUGCAGCGAUGGCGCAUGCAUCUCCACCCUGAAGGUGUGUGAUGGACAUGCAGACUGUGAGGACCGAUCGGACGAACUCCACUGCAGCCAUGUGUGGUGCACCAAAGGUGAAUUUGCCUGCCAGAGCAGAAGGUGCAUAUCAAUGGAUUUCUUAUGCAAUGGUGUGGAUGACUGUGCCGAUGGGAGCGACGAGGCUUCCUGCAUGAACUGCACUGCUGGUUUCUUUUCCUGUGGGCCGUCUGAUGCCUGCCUGCCCAGAAACAGGGUCUGCGACAGGCAGACUGAUUGCAGAGAUGGACGUGAUGAGACCGAGGAGUUGUGUGGUUUAGCUCAAACCCUCCCGCAGGCGUCACCGAGAUGUGCUGCGUCAGAGUUUCCGUGCAAGAACGGUCACUGCAUCCGUCACGCCUGGAGGUGUGACCACUCAAAAGACUGCUCUGACGGCAGCGACGAGGAAAACUGCGAUCAGGACGAGUGUCUGGUCAAUAAUGGCGGCUGUUCUCAUCAUUGCGUGGAUCAGCCGAUGGGUUUCUUUUGCCGCUGCCCCGACAACAUGAAGCUGGUCAGGGACAGCCAGUGUGAGGAGGUGGAUGUGUGCCUAGAGAGGGACACAUGUGAUCAGCUGUGUGUUCACAAUAACGGCAGCCUUACCUGUGAGUGCCAGGAGGGCUACAGGACGAAUGCAACAACUGGAGAGUGCAAAGCUGAAGGAGAUGAAGCUCAGCUGGUCUUCACCAGUUCCAAAGGGAUCCAGCUGAAAAACAUCAGCAGGUCUGAGUACAUGGAACUGGCACCGCAUGUGCCGGGUCCCCUGGCUGUCAUGAUUUCUAAUCGCACACUGUACUGGGCCCAACAAGGAAGAGGCUCCAUUUACAGGAUCUCCUUGGAUAGAAAGCCACAGGAAGCUGUGUUGGUGCUGAAAGUUCAAGAUUCGGUAACCAGCAUGGUGGUGGAUUGGAUCCACCAACUUCUCUACUGGACCAGUAUAGAGAUGGGGUGGGUUAGCGUGGCCUUUCUGGAUGGUUCAGCUCAUCGUCGGCUCAUCACAGGGCUCGACAAGCCCUCCGCAGUGGCCGUGGAUCCUCUCCGAGGGCUGCUUUUCUGGGCAGAUUGUGGUGUCUCCCCAAAGAUCGAAAGUGCCGGUUUGGACGGCUGCGACAGAAAAGCUCUGGUCACUUCCUCAAUACGCCAGCCUGUAGCCAUCUCUCUAGAUAUGCCUCGGCAGCUGCUGUACUGGUUUGAUGAGGGAAUGAGAAGAAUCUCAAGAGUAAAUCUAGACGGUCGUCAGCGUAAAACGGUGGUGGAGUCUAAUGGCUAUCUGGACCGAGCGUUUGGACUGUCUGUGUUCGAGGGAUUUGUAUAUUGGAGUGACAAAGUUACGCGGUCCAUUUGCCGAGCAAACAAACACAACGGCACAGACCUCCAAGCACUUCUGUCUAACGUCACCUCGCCAGGUGGUGUGCUCAUCAUACAGCCUGUUCUCCAACCAAAAGGACCCUCUGUUUGUGGACGUCCAAGGGCAGUUUGCCAUCACAAGUGUGUCAUUGACUUGCUGACUCAGGGUCCAAAGUUCAGCUGUGUUUCUCCAGAAAUAGGAAGAAACAAAACAGAAGAAAUUCCUGCAAUCUCCCGUUCAGUUCCUGCAACAGCUUUAUCGGAUCCUACAUUUUUGGGAAUCCUUUCUCUGAUUGUGUUCCUCAGUGUCCUGCUGUUGGGAAUGGCUGCAUGGUGGUGGAGGAAAGAAUUCCAACCUUACAGAUCUCUCACUGUGCAGAGCUUCUCCCUGAAGGAAUCCCAGGACCCCCUCGUCAUUCAAGAGCCACCGAUGGGUUCAGACACACAUAUAGUCAAGGAAACUUUGCUUAAGCGGGACUUGGACGGUGAGUGAAGGUUUGACACAAGUGAUCAGCUGACUGGGUUUCUCCCGGUAAACCUGGUGGUGUUUUAACCCCUGGCAAAGACCUCAGAGCUGACAGGACAUCAAGGCAGCAAGCAGGCCCGGCUGAGAGUUCCAACUCCCCUGGAAGUUUAAAUCUGUGAUCUGGGAUAAAUAUCUGCAUUUGAAGAGGAGGAAAGUCCUUCACUUUUCAGGAUAUUUUUCACAUAGCUCUCGCAACUCACUUUGUUUUUGUUAAAGUCAUAGUUUAUUUACUUAAUGGUGAACAAGCACAUCCAGUUUCUUUUUCUUUAAGUAUGUCUAAGAAAUGUUCAUCAGGUUAACUGUUAAGGUCUUCACAUUUCCAUGUGAACUGAAGACGAGGUGAAAAUAUGUGUAUGAAGGACACUGGCAGUGAGAUCGUUCUGAUAAUUGACAACACAGUUUGCUGGUUUCUUUGAUAUGUUUUGCACUUUUGAUCAAAGAGAAUGAGCAAACUGUAGGAUGAGGUUUCACAGAUGAAAUUAUUUAGUCAGUAAUAUUUGUUCAUAUUUGUAUUUUAGUUUAGUUGCAUCGUUUUACUGAAUGUUUUGAAUACUUUUUGCCUCGUGUUCAAUUCACCAAACUUAACUCCAGCAGUACUACAAGUUUUACUUCCUCACAUCAAUCAGGAAUCAAGCGAGCAAAUGCGUUAAUUUAAUAGACAUUUAGUUUGGCACAUUUUAAAGAGCAUCACCAAAUGUAUGCAUGGUCCUGUUUACACACUUGGUGUGAAUCCUGCAGGGUACAAAGUGCAAAAGGUCACUCUUGUGUGUUUUCACAGACUGGAUUAAAGCUGAAAGUUAAAUAUUGAUCUAAAAAAUCCAUCCCUACCAGGAUGUUUGUUUUUUGUUUUUAAAUGGUCACCUUUUUUUUUCUUCGUCUUAGUUCGAUAAACCUUUGAGAGCUUUUCUCAGUGUUAGACCGCUUUCCUAUUUUCUACAAUAUAACAUCAACUAUCUAGCAGCCACUUUUGUGCAGCACACGUUUUAUUACCAGUUCAGAAGCUGGCUGAGUUAAAUAUUUCAACAUUCCUAACCCAGCUUAUGGCAUCAUUUGGAAUCUCAAUUCAGUUUAAAGUGACCUUAAAUAAAUACAUAAAGGGCUUUUUUUUCUUAGUCUAUUACCAACUGUUAGAAAACCUAUAACUGGUUUGGGGGUUUCUUCAUGUUUUUGUUUGUGUGUUGAUGCGGUUGAAUGGUUGACAUGCCUUAUCUGAUUUCAGUCUCUUGAUUUGUUUUUUCUGUUGGACCUUAAAAAAAAAGAUCUGUUGGUACAAACUGCUGACUUGUAUGAUUAGUAUUUAUUUUGGUGGGUUUAUUUAUUUUGCAGUAUAUUGUAGCUGCUUUAGUGCUGUCUCUGUACUUUACAUAAUUCUGUUAAUUGCUGUAAAUGAGUCAAAUAAAGAAUUUUAUGUUUUCCUACA